AUUUAUUAAAGUUGAAAAUCCACAGAGAUAUGUACAUUUUUGGGAAAUCAACAUGAAAAUUAAUGCAAAGAAUAUUUUAACACUAAAACUAAAACUAAAACUGACGGGGUUGUGGGAUGAGACCUAA